AUGAUCAAACUACUCGAACCUUUUGAAGCUAUAACUCGACGAUUAUCAGGUGCUACAUAUCCAACAUUAAAUAUGGUUCAUCCAUAUAUAUAUACGUUAAAACAAGUGUUCGCACUAAGGAUUGAAGAAGGUGAAACUAUUGAUAGCUAUUUAGAUCUAAUCUAUGGGCCUUUGGUAUCGGAAGAUGAGUUAGAAAAUGAUGAUAAUAGUGAUUCAAAUGAACAAGAAAUUAAUCAAAUUGAAUACUUACAACCAGUUAACACAGAAAAUCUUAUCCAAAAAGUUCGAGCUGCUAUAUAUCUUUCUUUAGACAAAUUAUGGGAAAUGCCUAAUAAAAGUUCUUUAACCGCAAUGAUAUUGGAUCCUAGAAUGAAAAAUUUUCCGUUUAUGAAUGAACCUGAUCGUGUACAGCAAAAAACACAAGCUGAGUUCCUUUUAAGGGAUUUAUAUACUCAGCUUAAGCAAGAGAUAACCAAUAAAAAUCUUGAGGUGCCGUAUUCAACAAUGAACUUGAUCAAUGAUACUGAAGACAUAUUCUCGAAAAUGUGGGCCGAUAAUCAUGUACAAACGGAAGAUGAAGUUACUC